GAGGAAAAGCGAAUUUUAUGUAUUGGUAUUGUAGCAGCGGGCAUGUGAAUUGAUUCCAUAUUCACCAACUUUUCCCCUUCUGUCUUUUUCACCCACUUUCUCUUUUAUGGAGUAUUUAUUAAUUUUCCUUUGUUUUUCUUCUACUUUGACUGUGAGUUCUUUUCUUUUGUCUUCUGCCAUUUUCCAACUUCUCCACCGAUACUUAACAACAGCAACACAAAAUAUCAUCAAUCAACAUCGCCGUCGUCAAUUGCUCCCAUCUUCGAUCCACUAGAUCUGUUAUGAUUCAAACUUGAGCACUCCAAGACUCCCUCUCUUCUUCUCUCUCCUCUGAGAUUCUGGGUUUGGACUUAUUUUGAUUGCCGGUUACUGGAAUUGAAUAUUUGAAUGGAUCCAAGGCUAUAUGGGUUUUCGGGUUCUAGGAAUGGAGUUAGGGUUGGGAGCCAAUCCAUGCCCUUUUUCCCAGAUCCUUGUGUUAGUAAUAGAUUGAAUUUUGAAGAUGUAUAUCAAGAUCGGGAACUGGUUGAUGGGCCUAGAGCUGAUAAUUCAUUGGGGGUGCACAGUUUUGAGGGUUUCCAUGAUCCUUUAUCAAGAAAUGUGGCAUUGACUUCUCAUCAGGAUGAUUAUGAGGAUGAUGAUUUCUCGGAUGCGGAUUUGAGGUAUAUAAACCAGAUUCUCAUGGAGGAAGAAAUGGAGGACAAGACGUUUAUGCUUCAAGAAUCUUUGGAGCUUCAAGCUAAAGAAAGGUCAUUCUAUGAGGCGCUUGGUAAGAAGUACCCGCCCACGCCAGAACAAAAUCCAACUCUGCUUGACCAAAGCAGUUUGAGUCGAGGUGAAUAUGAAGUUGAAAAUCAUCAAAAUUGCAUCACCAAUAGUAGUCGGGGUAGCAGCUCGGUAGUUAACCAAAGUAGUGGGAGUCUAGGUGAAUAUGAAUCCGAAAAUCAUCACAAUUACUACUAUAUAACCAGUAGCAACGAGGGGAGCAGCUAUCUAAUUGAUCCCGGGUCGAUCAACGUUACUGGUGAUUACAGUAGUCCUUAUUUACAUGGUUUUUCGGUUCCUAAUGGCUCCAACUCAUCGGUUAGAUCCUCGAAUAGUUUUAACAAUAGAGUAGAUGGCUUUGUUGAAUCCCCGGUAAGCUCUUUUAGUAUCCCUAAUAUAUAUAGCGAGAGUCAGCCUAUCUGGAAUUUCAGGAAGGGGGUUGAAGAAGGAAAUAAAUUUCUCCCGACUAACAAUAAGUUUUUGGCAAGUUUUGAUGCCAAUCAAUUUGUAACUGAGGAGCCAACAAGAGAAACCGGUGAAGUGGAGGGGACAGGGGAGAAAUCUCUAAGAGUGAGAAAGAAUCCUCAUAGAGAAGAUUUGGAAGACCAGAGAAGUAGCAAGCAGGCUGCAAUUUAUACAGAAUCAACAAUCCGGUCCGAGGAAUUUGACAUAGUAUUACUUCAUAGCAUGGGGAAGGGUGAGGAAGCUUUAACAGCGUAUCGUCAGAACUUGCAGAGUGCUAUUUGCAAAAACAUACAGCAGAAUGGGAACUCGAAAGGUCCCGGUGGAGGGAAGGGCCGUGGUAAAAAGAAGAACGGGAAAAGAGAUGUUAUUGAUUUGAGGACGCUUUUGAUUCAUUGUGCACAGGCUGUUGCUGCUGAUGACCGUAGGAGUGCAAAUGAACUCCUGAAACAGAUCAGGCAGCAUUCAUCGCCUUUUGGUGAUGGAUCUCAGAGGUUGGCUAAUUGCUUUGCAGAUGGUUUGGAGGCACGGUUAGCUGGCACUGGCAGCCAGAUAUAUAAGGCCCUUGUCAACAAAAGAACAUCGGCUGCUGAUUAUUUGAAGGCCUAUCAUUUAUACCUUGCAUCAUGCCCUUUUAGGAAGAUUUCAUGUUUUGCGUCAAACAAGACAACCAUUAUAAAAUCUGCAAACUCUAUGAGGGUUCAUAUCAUAGAUUUUGGCAUCCUCUAUGGCUUUCAAUGGCCAACCUUUAUUCAACGUAUUGCUGCCAGAGAUGGUGGGCCACCUAAAGUUCGGAUUACAGGCAUAGAGUUUCCCCAACCUGGCUUCAGGCCAGCGGAAAGAAUUGAGGAGACUGGGCGCCGUUUGGCUGAUUAUGCAGAGUCUUUUAACGUGCCAUUUGAAUACAAUGCCAUAGCAAAGAAAUGGGAAACUAUCACCCUUGAAGAUCUUAAGCUUGACAAGGAUGAUUUUCUUGUUGUCAAUUGCUUGUAUCGAUUCAAGAACUUACACGAUGAGACUGUGCUGGCUGAAGGCUCUAGAACUCUUGUUCUCAAUCUGAUAAGGAAGAUAAAUCCCGACAUCUUCAUCCAUGGGAUUGUCAAUGGAGCCUAUAGUGCCCCUUUCUUUGUAACUCGGUUCCGUGAGGCCCUGUUCCACUUCUCAGCUCUCUUUGAUAUGCUUGAAACCAAUGUGCCUCGUGAUGUUCCAGAACGGAUGUUAAUUGAGAGAGAGAUAUUUGGGAGGGAAGCCCUGAAUAUCAUGGCUUGUGAGGGCUGGGAGAGAGUUGAAAGGCCCGAGACAUACAAGCAAUGGCAAGUACGUAAUCUGAGGGCAGGCUUCACUCAAAUACCUUUUGCAAAUCUAAUCAUGAACAAAGCAAGGGACAAGGUGAGAACAGGCUACCACAAAGACUUUGUGAUUGAUGAAGAUGGCCAGUGGCUAUUGCUAGGAUGGAAAGGGAGAACGAUUUAUGCCAUUUCUUGCUGGGUUCCUGUUUGAAAAACUUGAACGGGUCAUCCACCCGCCAAAGUUCCCCUCCACCAUAGUUACAAGUACAAUUUAGCGCUCAGAAGCAGGGGGCACUGUCUAGAUGGCCAAAACACUUGUGCAUAGAAAAUUCUUCACUGCUGCCUAGGCACAUGCUCUUACACGAGGACCAUGAUGAUAGUGAGUGACCGGAAAUUCAUCCUUGUCAAGCUUAAGAUCCUAUAGUUCCCAUUUCUUUGCUAUAGCAUUGUAUUCAAAUGGCACGUUAAAAGACUGCAUAAUCAGCCAAACGGCGCCCAGUCUCCUCAAUUCUUUCCGUUGGCCUGAAGCCAGGUUGGGGAAACUCUAUGCCUGUAAUCCGAACUUUAGGUGGCCCACCAUCUCUGGCAAAUACGCUGAAUAAAGGUUGACCAUUGAAAGCCAUAGAGGAUGCCAAAAUCUAUGAUAUGAACCCUCAUAGAGUUUGCAGAUUUUAUAAUGGUUGUUUUGUUUGAGGCAAAACACGAAAUCUUCCUGAAAGGGCAUGAUGCAAGGUAUAAAUGAUAGGCCUUCAAAUAUUUAAUUGUAUACUUUAAUUUUUUUUGGUUCUUGAGUAAUGUUUUCUACCUCUUGUGAUAUGAUACUAUUUAAUUGUAUACUUUAAUUUUUUUUUUUUUUUAUAUUUAUUACAAAUUGGUAUGGUUAGAUUACAUAGGCAUUCAAUUAUAAGUCACACCAGGAUGCGAUUGAGAAGGAAAACGAAAGGAAAAAGCCCUUUAAGUGACUUAAACUA